GUCGAAUGCUCAGCGCUUCGUCAUGAAUAAAAGUAUUCUUCUCCAAGGAGGUACCGUCCUCACUCAUUCAUCCGAUGAGCACGUCGUCCCACUAUACAACGCGGACGUUCUUGUCACUGGCAAUCUCAUUGCUGAAGUGGGCAAAAGCAUUCAUGUUUCGUCGGCGGAUACGGAGGUCAUUGACUGCCACGGCAAAAUCAUCUCGCCAGGCUUCGUCGAUACGCACCAUCACCUCUGGCAGACACAAUUGAAAGGCAGACACGCAGAUGAAGGGCUGGCGGCGUACAUGGUAUCAGGCAAGAAACCUGAUGUCCUAUGUCUACGAGGCCCGGGACGCAUAUUGGGGUCAACUGUCAGGCUGUCUCGAGGCCAUCAAUUGCGGAACGACUCUUGUCCUGGAUCAUGCACAUAUUGUGUACACACCUGAGCACGCCAACUCUGCACUGUCAGCUACUAUUGACUCUGGUAUCCGCGCCAUCUUCGCCUACACGGUCCCCAUCAGGAUGACCCAGUGGGACAAGACCAGCUGUGUGCCGAACCAGGAGCUUCUUCCCGACUGGGCAUUAUCGCAGAUAGGAAACUGGACGCAACAGUACAAUCACAAAAGCGCAAUGGUCGAAGUGGGUAUGGGCUUUGAUCUCUGGUUCCUUCCUAGGGACAUGGUGUUAGGCAUGCUGGAAAGGUUAAGAGCGAAAGCGCUUAGAGUUCUCACAACACAUGUGGGCAGAAACGCUUUUCAGGGCCUUGAUUCCGUUGUGGAAUUGUUCUCUUCCUACGACCUCCUGCAGCAUCCUUAUGAGCCAUCAGAUACCACUGCCAAGCUGCCAUUCCUCCUGCUUUCGCACUGUACCGGCUUGCAGGACAAAGAUCUCUCCAUUCUUGCCUCGACUGGCACCCCUAUAUCAAGCACCCCUGAUACGGAGGCUCAUAUGGGCAUGGGCUGGUCCGUAUCUCUUCAUCCCGCCAUGAGGAGACAUAAGUCGGCCAAUAUAUCUCUCGGCGUUGACUGCCACUCGAGCAAUCCGUCCAGCAUUGCUCUCCAAGCUCGCGCUCUCCUACAACUUGCUCGUUUGGAGCACAACAAUCGUCUCCUUGCCAAUGACCAGUUUCCGGCGGCCAAUGUCAAGAGUUCAUCCGAGGAAGCCUUCAACCUAAUGACAAUCCGUGGCGCCAGAUGUCUCGGCUUGGAUGGCGAGGUAGGAAGUAUUGCGAAAGGUAAGAACGCAGAUCUCGUCAUAUUUGAUGCCAAGAACAGUGUGGGCAUGCUUUCGGCGGUGGAGUAUGAUCCUGUCACUGCGAUCGUUCGGUUCAGUGAAGCCGCGGACAUUGACACUGUCAUCAUUAAUGGGGAGAUCAGGAAGAGAAAUGGCAGACUCGUCGAUCUGGCUGUCAGUGGCGAUGGCGUCGAAGGAAAAGCAGUGAAUGGGAAUAAGACCCCCAUGCCAUGGUCACAGAUCGCUGAGGAGGUACGGAAGAGUCAGAAAGAUAUCCAGGCACGGGUCGACGGGCUGAGUAUCGAGCAAGGCAGAAAUACGCUCCUGGGCAUGUUUCAUGUUGAUCAGUCAAAGUUGGUGGAUGCUUCGUGA